AUGACAAAAGCUGACAAUGUUACUAGCGAAUGGUCACCUUCAUCGUGGCGACCGAAACCAAUAGCGCAAUCUGUCAAAUAUGAAGAUCAAAAGCACGAGAAACAAGUUGAAGAUAAACUAAAGCAGUUACCGCCUAUGGUUACACCUAGUGAGAUAAGAAGGCUCAAGGAACAACUCAAACAAGUUGCCCUUGGCGAAGCCUUUCUAUUGCAAGGCGGUGACUGUGCCGAGUUAUUCGAAUAUUGUUCACAGGAACCGAUCGAAUCUAAACUGAAAGUGCUGCUGCAAAUGAGUUUGGUUCUUACAUGGGGUGCACGCAUUCCUAUUGUACGUAUAGCUCGCAUGGCUGGUCAAUAUGCCAAACCGAGAUCAAGUCCGACUGAAAUGGUCAACGGUCAGGAAGUCAUAUCGUUCAGAGGAGAAAACAUUAAUGGAUUUGAUCCAGCAGAUAGAAAACCGGAUCCUGACAGACUCUUAAAGGCUUAUUUUCAUUCAGCCGCAACUAUUAAUUACGUGAGAUCAAUAAUAAGCUCCGGGUUUGCAGAUCUUCAUCAUCCUUCACAAUGGUCUCUUCAUCAUGUUCGCUCAGAAACGAUUCGUCAAGAAUAUUCACACAUUGUCGAUAGGGUGACUGAUUCAUUAAGUUUUAUGCACACUAUUGGUGCUGUCUCUUCACCUCCUCUGGCUUCUGUCGAUAUAUUUAUGUCACAUGAGGGUCUUGUAUUACCGUACGAGGAAUGCUUAACAAGAAAACUGAAAGAUCCGGUAACGGACGAAUUCAAAUGGUACAACGUUAGUGCUCAUUUCUUGUGGAUUGGAGAUCGAACGCGACAGCUAGCUUCAGCCCAUGUCGAGUAUUUUAAAGGAAUAGAGAAUCCGAUUGGUAUCAAGGUCGGUCCCAGCAUGAAAGCGGAUGAAUUGGGUCAAUUUUUGGAUGUGGUUAAUCCAAAAAAAGAAAUCGGAAAAGUAACUUUGAUUACUAGAUAUGGAGCUAAAGAGGUGGAUAAGCAUCUUCCUGGACAUAUCGAGGCUGUAAAAAAAUCAGGACACGUAGUUGUUUGGGCUUGUGAUCCGAUGCAUGGAAACACAGAGAAGUCUUUAUCGGGUGUAAAAACACGAUAUUUUGAUUCGAUAAUCGAGGAGCUUUCAAGAACCAUACGCAUCCAUAAAGCACACCGCAGCCGAAUGAACGGCGUGCAUUUUGAAUUGACCGGGGAUCGAGUUACAGAAUGUAUUGGGGGAUCAAUGGAAUUAGCGGAUGAGGAUUUGUCACAGAACUAUAAGACUUACUGUGACCCAAGACUGAAUUACGAGCAGAGUAUGGAUAUUGCAUUUCUAAUUGCGAGAUACUAUGAAAAAGAAAGAAAGGGAUUGCCAAGCAUAUGA